GACAUAAAGCGGCGGCGGCGCGGAGUGGAGUGUCUGUCGCCCGAGGCACCGGCCGGCCGCAGCCAUGGCUCUGGGUCCCACUCCCGCCGGCGCCGCCGCCGUCCUGGCGCUGCUGCAGCUGCUGAGCACCGCGGGCAGCGCUCAGCCCCGGGGCCGGAUCCUGGGGGGCCGCGAGGCCGAGCCCCACCUGCAGCCGCACAUGGCCUCGCUGCAGCUGGACGGGGAGCACGUCUGCGGCGGCUUCCUCAUCGCCGAGCAGUGGGUGCUGAGCGCCGCGCACUGCGCCGAGGAGACGGACGGCAAAGUCUUCCAGGUGCUGCUGGGAGCCCACUCGCUCACGGCGCCGGAGCCCCACAAGCGGCUGUACCGCGUGCGCGCCCAGAUCCCCCACCCCGGCAGCAACACCCACAACAACAGGGACGACCUCCUCCUGCUCCAGCUGGAGGAGAAAGCGGAGCUGAACGCGCACGUGCAGGUGCUGCGGUUCCAGCGGGAGGACCGGGACGUGCCGGCCGAGACGGUGUGCGAGGCGGCCGGCUGGGGCACCGUGAGCCACAGCGGGCGCCGGCCGGACAAGCUGCACCAGGUGGAGCGGCCGGUGAUCAGCCGCGACGCCUGCAACCACCGCACCCGCCACGACCACACCAUCACCGAGAACAUGAUGUGCACCGACUCCCGCAAGAAGGACACCUGCAAGGGAGACUCCGGCGGCCCCCUGGUCUGCAACGGGGUGGCCGAGGCGGUGGUCACGGCCGGCUCCCGCGUCUGCGGCAACUACAAGAAGCCCGGCAUCUACACCCGCAUCGCCCCGUACACCGCCUGGAUCGACGGCGUCAUGGCCUCGGUGUCCGGGGAGGGAGCGGCGCGCUGAGCCCCGGCCCCGGCCCCGCAGCGCCGCGCGCCCGCCGCCGCCGGG